CCGCUGUCAUUCAACAAGUCGGCCAGCUUCUAAUAAUGUCCAAUCUAAAAGAUGCAGGUAAAGCUCCAACUGAGGAACCCACGAUCCAUAGAAUCAGGAUCACAUUAACCAGCAAGAAUGUCAAAAGUCUGGAAAAAGUAUGUGGUGAUCUAAUCAGAGGAGCUAAAGAAAAGCAGCUAAAGGUGAAAGGACCCGUCAGAAUGCCAACAAAAAUUCUGCGUAUUACAACACGUAAAACGCCAUGUGGUGAAGGUUCAAAGACGUGGGAUCGAUUUCAAAUGAGAAUUCACAAGAGGCUCAUUGAUUUACACAGUCCUUCUGAGAUAGUGAAACAGAUAACCUCCAUUUCGAUUGAACCUGGAGUAGAAGUUGAAGUGACUAUUGCUGAUGUCUAAGCUCUCUGACUGGACAACGUCUACAAUUUUUUGUGGAUUUUUAUAAAUGCAAUAUAAAGCUUAUAUUGACUGAAUAAUCGUCUUUAAGCUUAAUUGAUGCAUUUGAAAUAAAGCAAAGCUGUU